GGAUAGCCUGUGAAGAUAUUAUUAAUUAAAUUAAAACAUGGACAUUGUAAAAUGUUGCUGCUAUUUGGCCAAUAGUGGGCGCUGCAUUGCUAAUCUCUGGCUCUCUUCCAGUUUGGUUUUUGUCCCGUCUUUCUGUCCAUCACCCCCAGCCAUUAAUUGAAGGAUGAUGGCUGCCCCUCUCUGAACUUGAUACUGUUGGAGGUAUCCUCCUCUUAAAAGGAAGUUUUUCUUCCCCACUAUCGCCAAGUCCUUCCUCAAAGGGGAUUUUUCAAUUUUGGGGAUUUUCUCUGUGUUAUUGUAGGGUUUCUACCUUACAAUAGAAAUACUAGAGCUCCCGAAAGCCUCAGGAAGUUUAUUAAAGUCUCAAAUUAUAAAGCAGGUAUAGUCUUAUAUAUCUUUUAUAUCUUGAGGUAAAGAUAGGAACCGGUCCCCUGAGCUGACAAAAUAUGAGUUUACAUGUUCACACUAGUUUCUCUUGUAUAUCUGAAUGUUUUUUCCUCUCUGUCUAUCAUCUGUCUACAUUAUAUUUCUGCUUUUCAUGAGUUAAAACAUUUGAAUAAAUAUCCUGUCACACCAAAGCUGUGAAAACAAAAUAAAACUCUCUGAACUUGCCUAUCAUCUAUAUCAGUAAAAAGCAGAAGUUGGCAGAAGCGAGAGAAAUGAAAGGCGUAGAAACAACUUCUUUAAAAUUCUAUUUAGUUUUAACACAGUGCUAUUUUUUGGUGCACAAGUUAUGAGAAGCUCAACAGAAAGACUUCAGCAAUGGCAGAGCAGAGGUUUAACAACACACCCGUCAAUCUAAAACUUAAAAAGCGAUGCCAGUCAGAAGUUAAAAUGAAGGAAAACAACGUGUUUGAAGAAAUGAACAUGAAAAAUAAAGGAACUAAACGAACUUCUGACACAAACGGUUACCCUUUAAGUCUUUCAGUACGAAGGCAGGAAGAAAAUUUAUAUGAAGAAAUGAACAUGAAAAACAAAGAAACUAAACAAACUUCUGACACAAAUGAUAAGCAGUGUGCAUGUAUAAAAUCUUGUACAUCAGUAACCGCUUGCUGGGGUGUUCUGUUACUGAUCAUGGCCCUUCGCAUCUAUUUUACCACAUUGUUAAUUCAUAAGAACGAAGACUUAACAAGGAGUCAACUCAACUGGACAAACACCUCCACUGCCUUUGAAACACAGAUCAGAGACCUGAGUGCAGAAAUCCAGAACCUAACAGAACAAAUAAAACUCAUGAAGAUGGAGCUCAGUCUUGGUCCAGAAAAGGCAUGCAAACCUUGUCAGGAGGGCUGGCUCCCCUUUGAGUCCAGCUGCUAUGCAAUUAAUGAUGCUGAACCUCAUCAGCAGAAAACCUGGGAAGAAGCUCGAGAAAACUGCAAGGGAAAGAUUUCCGAUUUGGCUGUUGUAAUUAAUGCAGCAGAAAAGAAAUAUAUAAGUGAGAAAAGCUGGGGGAGUUCAGGAAACAAAGGAUACUGGAUUGGUCUCAGAGUUGAAGGUGGGAAAUGGAAAUGGGUAGAUGGAAGUUAUCUGACUGAUAACUCCUGGAUUCAGCAGCCUCCUUCUGAUGGUCUCUGUGUAAUUUCUGUCGAAAACCGAGGAUUUAAAUCAGUGAGCUGUGACAAGAAGAACCAAUGGAUUUGUAAAAAAAGACCCUAACUGUCUGAAUUACCACAGUUAGACUUCAGAAGACUUUUGUGAUCUGUAAAUAUAAUUACAUAUAAGUAAAUAUUACCAUGGAAACUUCUACUCAGGUUUUGUUUUUAAAUAUUACUAAAUAAAUAAAGUUAAUUAUAAGUUUUUUUAUUGUCAAGCUGUAUAUUCGGGAGAUUCUGACUGCUGAUAUCAGCAUUUAGAAAAACGCAGUGAAAGGUUUAAAGUGUCACUCAGCUAUUGCUCUUUGUGUCACUGAAGUUUUUUGUACUUUGAAAAGAUACAGUUGGUAUAUGUCUGUGUAGCUUCUCAGUUAUCCAGGUCAUGGUCAUCUAAGGAGCUUGGAAAGAAAAGAGAGUGGACUUUUCUUGAAGACAUUUCACUUCUCAUCUGAGAAGCUUCUUCAGGUCUAAGACCAAAUGGUGGAGAGCCAAGAGGUUUUGGGUGAAACCACUGUGAGACCUUGCCUUACCCUAUAAUGUUACCCAUUGAGAUCAACUGAGGCAAGAUGUGAGUCAGUGUUAGCGCCCACUCACAUCUUGCAUCAUGUUGAUAUUCCUGUCUUAUAUUCGAGUUCAUUCUUUUUUUAGUUCAUUUUUAUCAAGUCUGUGAGUUUAUCUGUGAGAGAGAAAACACCCAUCCCCACAGUUAAGAAAUCUGCAGCACUGUGUGAGGCUAGCACUGUAAAAGAAAAAAAAGCUCAGUGUGAUAGUACCAAUCGAGCAUUCUUUAAAUCCCAUAGCUGACCAUGUUAGCAGCAAUACUCAGGUAUGUCAGCAACAACACUCAAAUGACUCCCACAGUCACCACCAGACAAGUAAAGGAUCUCGUGAGUGUCUAUAGAGCCCUUCGUGUAGUGUUUCAGGUUAAAAAUGGACGCAAAUGACUCUGUCAGUCAAAAGCAGAAGUUGGUAGAGGAAAGACUCAGGAAGCAACAGUUUAUUAUGAUCCUCCGCGAUUCAAACAGUGCUGUUUCUUGGUGUACAAGUCACAAAAAGCUCAAUGGCAAAACUGUAAGUCUGGCAGAGGAGAAGGUCAUUAAAACAAACAAAUGAGAUCAGAAGACAAGUUAAGCUUUUCAUGUAUAAUGUGUCAAGAAAAACCAAACUCAGGCUAUUGAUGUGAAUCAACUCUGCAUCUUUCAGUGAUUAUUUUUUAUCCCAUGUUAGUUUUUUGUACUGAUGUUUUUUUUCAUUAAGACUAAACAGAAAAAAAGACUACACAGCAGGGUAGAUGCUGAGCAAACUGAAAGUGCUUUCACAUAAAGAACCUAAUAUUCUCAAGGUGGCCCAAGAUAUUUACACCUACAAAAUGAUUAAUUAGAGGCUCUUCU